AGUCUGAUAUAUUUUUAUUGAUAGCAAUAGCAAUGUAGGAACCACGCAUCUGUAUUUUUAGCUGGAGGCCAUGUUUACCUUUGUUGUGUUGUUGUAUAACAAUAGCUCCUAACGCGGUGUGUGAUAUAUAAGAUAGGUGAGUGGGUAGAUUGCACUCCAUAAAUACACAAGGAAGACAAAAAGAGCAGGCGAACGUCAGCAGCUAACGGGCGCAGAUAAACAGAUGGUUGAUUUUUAUGGUACGGAAAGACAAAAGUAAAAAAGUAAGCAGCUUUGCUGAUAAUCGCGGCAAAUUGCGAACUGCAGCUUUGCUGGUAAUCGCGGCCAAUUGCGAACUGGUUUACGGUGGAGCUGAAGGGGAUGUUAAACCUGAAUGGAUCCUUGAAUGCGAUGCUACGCAACUAAGCCUGGCACGAUACCAGGUCAGGCAAGCUUUAUUUUAGGUACUCAACAACGUGGCCUACCUGUCUAUUGUUGGUGGGCUUAAUUAAAGAAGCUACAGUAUGUUUUAGAAAUUGCGAAAACUGUUGACGAUUUAACGAAGUCUUAAAGGUUUCAUACAGAUUAUUCUUUGUUCUCUAAAUACAUACACAUUUACUAUAAGGUUGCCUUACGUGCUAUAUAUGUAUAUUUGGUGAGCUGCACAAAGAAAGCAUUUCUUGACAUUUACCGACCUGAUUUUGUAAACUAUUCAAUUAUGGCUUAAGUAGUUCUCCUUAAGGUUUUUCUUAGCCAUUUUUUAGUUGCAAGCAGCCAUGAUGUCGCUGUACCGUCUCUGAUCUCGUGCUUUCAACUGAGGCGUUUGUUGAAUGUUUUUUUUUUUGAACAUGAGGUUCUUGCAAUACUGAACAAUUGAUUUAACAUCGGGACCCUAUGCAAUACACACGCAUUAAAACCAAUACCUAUAUAUUGCACAAUUUGUGUAAAUAGAGGAAGUUACAAUAUGACAGGGAAACAGAUUUAGAUUUAUGAAAGUCCGAAAGUAACUGUGGGUCUGGUAGUAUUAAGAAAACCAUUUGAAAGACUUUCCUUUGCGGAAUGCUGCUGAAAACUUACUUAUUUGGGCAUUGUUUGGGUAGCUCUUAAAUUACAGCUUGCAACGCCCUUCAAAAAAAAAAACUAACAUGUAAUUACACUCUUCCUACUGUGAAGUUAUCAAAAUUAUUAACGAACUUAAAAGAACAGAGCACGACAAUCAGUACGCUAUUUUACUGAAGCUACAGUCUAGUGGCACACAAAAUAACAUAGCCUUCUACAAUCUUGUCAGUGUCUGUGAAAACGGGAAGAUUACAGGAAACGUAUCAAUGAUACUGUAUUUUUACUUAAAAUUAUACUUACGAAUGCAAAAAGUUUUGCACGUGCAAACGCAGGAACUGCUUAACUCCAUUUACUUAUCGGUUUAUGUAGUUAUCGUAUAUAUACAUAUAUAUAUAUACGUUGUUUUUCUACUUAUCAAUAAAGGUACUAAGAAAGCAGUCAAUCAUAAUCAUAAUCAUUAGCUGAAUCUGUAAAUGUUAUCACCGUUAGCUGAAUAUGGAAAUUUUAUAGUAUUCAGCAUUCGCAUCGAAAUAAAACUGUCUGGUUAUCACGUAACACCUAUAAAGCAAAGGCGAGUGUAAACGCGGCCUGAUAUUCUAAAACGUAUCAAUUGUCAAGCAUCUUGUUAUUUUUGUGUAAUAUGUAUUAUUAUACGAAAAUAUAUAAAACUUCGUAUGGUUUUUAUACCGAAGAAAGAUAUUUUUUUUAAUAUUACUUAUUCAAAUGUGAAAGAAGUACUUUAAUACUGUUGAAAUGUGAUCGAAAUAUAGUUUUUUAAUAAUACGAAUUUUAUAUAUAACGUUUUGCGAUAAACACUUAAACUCUGUUCUUUGGCACGAAACUUGUUCACACAAAAAACGCGUUGCCAAACCCUGCGGCUAAUAUAAGGUCUGAUUAAGUUAUUUUGCUUUAUACUUUUUUUUAUUUUGCAUACGCUAUCCUGUAUCCUGUUAAUUGGCUAAAUAGAUAAGUUCAAUACUAUUUUAAAUAGUAUAAUUAGUUCAUUCAAAAAUUGAUCAUGAAGUUCGAAAAACAAAGCAGGUAGUUACAAUUAGGUAUUAGCGUUUUUGUCAUUAGAAGUUUGAUGAUCAAAAAUAUGUGAAACACAAUUUACGAUUUUCAUCCUUACUUUAUGCCGUUUCAGUAUUAUGAACAAUUCAAAAAAGAAGAGUUUCUAAGCAUCUGUUGCAUGUUUCUAGCAAUUGGUUGGAAAAAGUAUGUAGGAUAUUUCAAAUUUCGCGCGUUUAUUUUUUGGCGCCGGGCAGACGGUUUUUGCUGAUAUCAACCGGUACCAUUAUUGAUGUGACCACGUAAUCUGUCAAUCUUCAUAAAGUGAAGUUAGAGAAGAAUACAAACAAAUUAGUGUAUGUUUCACAUAGACCCGUACAAGGGCGUUUUUUUAUUAUUCGUUCUUUUUUUUUUAUUAUUAUUUGUUCUUUUGUAAUUUAUUGAUAAUAUUGAGAAAAUUCAAUGUUUAAUUUUUCGAUCCAGUCUUCUGUAUCUUUCUUAUCAUGGUUAUACAACUUCGUACAGUUCAUAUGAAAACGCGUCAAACGUCCUGAAUUACCAGCAGAGACAAAGAUGAUAAUGGGCACUGAUCCUCGUAAAAAUAAAGGGAGUACCAAUGUCCUCUGGAAAGUUCCUCCGGUAGCUCGCCAAACGACAGGCGCGGUUUUGGUCACGGGAAGCAGUGGUUGUUUGGGACAGCAUGUGGUCAAACUCCUCCAGGAGUACGAUAACGAUUGUCAAUAUAUUUUCCUUUUUGAUCUCGUUCCUUAUGUAAACAAUCUAAAUCACUCCACUAAAAAGCCAAUGAAAGAAAUAUGUGGAAGCCUGACAAACCUGCAAACGGUUCGCGAGGCUUGUAAAGGUGUCGAUUGUGUAAUUCAUUGUGGGGCGCUAAUUGACAUUUCGCUUUUUCCGAAUGAAAAAGCGUUAGAAGAAGUGAACGUUAAAGGAACGCGCAAUAUAAUUGAGUCCUGCAUUCAUGAGAGUGUCCCAUACCUUGUGUUUGCGUCUACGACGGAUACUGUAGUCUCAUCAAAUCACAUCAUUUAUGGAACUGAAAAUACAACGUUUGUGCCCAAAAACUUCCUCAUGGGACCAUAUGCUAAAAGCAAACAUCACGCCGAGCAGUUGGUGCUUCAAGCCAACAACCUGCCGCUGGCAGACGGAAGCGCGAAACUCCUUACCUGUGUCCUCCGGCCAACGACAUUUUACGGUGAACAAGAUAAACAUUUUAUAACUCGGAUUAUGACUAUUGCCAAGCUUUACGGAAAUUCGAAGAUCCAGAAAGUCAGAAGUACUGAUGAACGGCUACAAACAACGUACGUUGGAAAUAUCGCGUACGCGCAUGUUAUUGCAAAAAACGCUCUACAAAAAAAUGCCGACUGUGCUGGUGAAAUCUAUUACAUAACGGAUGACACCCCUCUCGAGGAUCUGUACACUUCGAUCAAGCCGUACGUCGAGGCGCAAGGCAGCAUUCGAGUGAGCGACUCGAUCAUUCCGUAUCUGUUAGUGAUCCUUAUCAUGAACAUUAGUGCUUUUGUCCUCAGACUGAUUCGGCCGAUUUAUCAGGUCGGCGAGUACUUCCCGACGCCGGCUGCCGUUAGGUAUGCCUGUACAACGGUUUUCUUCAACCGACAAAAGGCUGUUUUACGACUAAAAUAUUGUCCGUACUAUACACACGAAAUGAGCCAUAAGAAUUCACUCGGUUAUUAUAAGCAUGUCAAAGUGUAAUUCAUCGUCUGCUUAUUGUAACUGUCUAAAACCAGUAGAUAUCGCAAUGUGCCUGAAACGAAGACGACGGACAAAUGUUUUCUAUUUCUAAUAAAGUGUAUUUAGCAAAUUUAUAACAUCCGAAAUUUAGCAAUUCACGAUUACUCGAUAGAUAAUUUUAGUACAUUGGGUGUUUCGGAGAAAUUGCAAUUUUUUUUUUUACAAAAUCGCAAACCAGCAUACAGUGGAUGAAUACUAUGCAAUUUUACGUAUAUUCAUGUAAAUGGUAGGUCGAAGGUAGUAUGGUUUUUCUUCGUAUAAUUAUCAUAAUCGUCGAGCACACAAUGAUCUUCGAUAUGCUAGCUCUGUAAAUCUUGGCUUUUCUUAAUACCUUGCGAGAUCUAGUUACUAUUAAACUACUCCAACCUUACUAGUACAUUUUUUCAAUGGACCUCAAUGUAUACUUCACGAAACUAGUUAGAGCACAAUUUUGCUAAGUAUUUUUGGUUUAAAUCGAGUGCGAAGAACAUUCUGCAUUAUUGUCAGCACGAAACGCGAUUUAAGUGAUUUUUACUGGAAUGAGCUCGAACACUUAUUUUCCAAGUCCUUGACCUUUGUAAGAGACACAGAUGCCUCUGAGGCAAUUGUUCACCCAUAAAAAGUGUCGUACAUCGCCUGAUCUUGCGAGCAUAAUUAAUGUUGUUUGACAAAUCGCUUGCGACGCAAAAUUACCGAUCAUAAUAUUUUAUGUCAGUGAAAAUGUACGUAUAUAAAUUACAUUCCCAUAGAUGUGAUUAAUUAUUAUUUUGAUUUUGAAUGUGACAAAUUCUGAAUGUCUCAUUCAUAUAAUCGGUCCUUUUACGACAGUAUAGGUGUGGACGUUAAUUAAUACUUUGAGAGCUUUACUGUUGUCAUUAUCAAUCACUGUAUACUGCCAAAUGUGCAAUACACUGAACGUGCAAUACACAACGGUCUUCACGGGCCCUGUAACUUUAUUGUGCUAUCAGGUUUACAUACAUAUAUACACAUGUGCACGGCAGCCACUGGAUAUUCAUGAAAAUUUCAAUAAAUUGAUUUUGUACCACCAUGUACUUCACAUCAAUAGAUGCUACAAUUCUUCAAUUUCUAGGUUCAUACCGUAGUUGAAUAGUUGCCUUAUGUUUAUGAUCUCAAAUUGUGCCAUUUUGACUACCAGGCAUGCGAUGCCAUUACGACCUUGGAUUUGUUUUGUCAAGGUGAUCCUGUACUUCACGUACUUGUCAACAAGCUGUCUCUUUUGUGUGCAUAGCACUCCCGUUUAGGAUGCGGUAGUUCGCCUAUAGCACACCACGUUUUUAAAUUCUUAGUCUAUCUCUUUCUUCUCUGCUUUUGCCGAGACGAGAUGUGCAUAUAUGUUCUGUAAAUACAUAUAUCAUGGAGGUUACUUGUGAUUUAAAAAUGGGAACGCCUCAACUGUCACACCUUCGUGCAUCGACUUAUGUAGGGUUUCCGUCUUAUGCGAUCUAUCCAGCAUAUACCAUUUACGACAACAUUAGAUUACCCAAUAAAAAAUCGCACCUAACGUGUGGGGUUUUCCAUUAGUCCACAGCGUUAAAACACCUUAGGCUCACGUUUCUUCCCCAAAAUCUAACUGAGAUUGCAAUCGAAAUUUAUUAAUAAGUGUAAAGAUAUUGUUGUGUGUCAGUGUUUCCCUGAGGAUUGAUGUGGAGGAGUUAGAACUGAACUUAGAAGACUGCGGUGCUUCCUCUUUGUUCUCCUUUACGAUGAACUCAGAAGAGCGGCAGCAAGUACGAAUAACACAACAUUUAUGUACUUUUCAAGUGUUAUUCGAAAGUGCAAAUGCUAGCUUGAAUUUCACUCCUAAACCCAGGAGAACAAUCUCGUAUGGUAGAAUUAGAGUCCAACAGAACCAACUCGCCCUGAUCUGACUUCGUUUUAACUGACCACAACUAAGCGAUGCCAGUUCUGUUAGCAACGACAUUAUAUUUCGUAUACACUUCAUACUAUAAUUUGCUUAAGUUUUUACGUAGCUUUCUUUAGUUAUAUCUAUAGGAUGGAAUUUAACCGUAUCCUAUAUUUGCAAGUGCCGAUUAUCUCUAAACCGGCUUCAGCGGUUUUCAUUAGCUUUAUUGGUAAAACAGAAGUACUUUGUUUGAGGAAGUGAUACGUAAUACUGAUGCACGGGCAAGUGCAAGCGAUGCAUAAGAUGACAUUUGUCCGUAUAAAUGGCAACGGAAUAUUUGUUAUGUCGGCUGGCAUUGAAUAGGUAUGUCAAUAGUAAAUAUAGCAAUAGUCAUCCCGUUCCAGUACUGCAUUUAGAACAGUAAAAAAAAUGAAAUAGUAUCCUAGCUACC